AUGAGGGCACUCUUGCAAUUGAAUGAACACAAGUCGCUCGACGAUGACGCACGCAAACGGCUGGGACAGAUACUCUCUGGCAUUCACGCCGACAGCAACCGUGACAAAUCACUCUGUGAUGAACUUGAGGAUGACCGAGAGAAACUCGAUGCCAAGAUGCAUGGCGAGACUCUAGGCAUCAAGGUUGAACAAAGCGACGCUAAUGCUGAGAUCGAAGGUCUCUCAGAGCGCCUGGAAGACGAGCAGUGGAACUGCAAGGAGGCAUGGAAGCAGAUCGAAGGGCUGAACCAGCUCAUCUCUGGACUUGCAGGGUCAGUCACGAUGCUCGAAACCCAACUGAGCAAGGCCAAGGCAGAUGCGGAAAGGGACAAGCAAGAAGAUGUUCCUCAACUGAGGAGAAGAAUCACCGACCUGGAAGCACAGCUGCAUGUUUCAAGCGUUCAAGUUCGCGAUCUGAAUCAGAGAAAUUACACCCUCCAGGUUUCUCAAUAUCAGAACAACAGCGUGCUUCACACACAGUAUAGCUAUAUUCACACCGCCAACCAGAACAUUCAGUUGGUCAAUUUUCGAUAUAGUGAGGCCGUUCGCGAGCUCCAGGAGAAAACAAAAACGCUAGCAGAAAAGGAUUCACAGCUGAAGGCGGAACAAGAAACCGUGGCGGAGCUGCGCAAAGAGCUUGACAUGGCAAAGUCGAGGCAGGAAAAGGUGGUGCCCUUUAUUCCUGUGCGGAUUAUAAACUCUGAAGAGUCCAGUCACAGUCUUCCAUUCAUCGACGAGGAAUUUGAGCUUGUUGGUGAACGAACUGACGAAUGA